UCAGAUUCGGACAGCUCUCCCGCCCUUCAAGAGGCAAGCAGGAAAUCGCUCUUUUCUCCCGGAUUACUGACACGUCCAAAGUUACGAAAAGGCAUCGUCAUGAGCUCAAACAUACCAUCAUAUUCAACCACUAAUGACCAACUCGAUCCUGAGAAAGAGAAACGGUUUGCUGCAGCUGCACGUGAAGCUAACCGUCUCCCAGAGCUCCGGCUGAUCCUGCUGGGUUGGCGAUGGCCAGGUAAAAGCCUGACUGGCAACACCAUUCUGGGCCGUGAAGAGUUUCGUCUGGAACGUGCUGCCGAAUUCUGUGUGAAGCGCGAAACUGAGGUGGAUCAGCGCAAAGUAACAGUAGUCGACACUCCUGGCUGGUUCUCAUCCCAAAUAACACCGGCGGACUACCAGCAGGAGAUGGUCCGAAGCGUUACUUUGUGCUCACCUGGACCCCAUGCAUUCCUGCUGGUCAUACCUGUGGGCAUGUUCACAGAAACAGACCGGGCUCGUAUAGAGGAGAACUUAGCAUUUUUUGGGGAGGAUGUGUGGAAGCACACCAUGCUGGUGUUCACCUGGGCAGAGGUUUUAAAGGACAGGUCCAUAGAAAGACACAUACGAAGGGAAGGUCGUGACCUUCAGUGGGUGGUAGACAAGUGUAAGAAGAGGUACCAUGUCAUCAAUAACUAUAUUUUUGGUGAGCACCCACAGCUUCCCCAGCUGAUGGAGAAGGUUGAGAAGAUUGUAGUUGAAGAAGGUGAUUACUUUACCCUUAAGACAGAUGAAAUCAAUACACAAAGUCCAACUCAGAAUCUGAAUCAGAACACCAGUUCAUUGAAAGAGAACAGGGAGCUUGGCGCAAGACCCAAACAGAAUGGCUCCAGCAACUCGCUGCGGGCCAUGGACGUGGACCCUCCACACAGUUUGGCUGAAGGAGUGAGUGACUAAGGCUGAGAUAACCGUUCCAGUGCUGCUGUAUUCAUUACCUCAAUUCCCCUGCACUUAAAUUAUGAAACACCCACUAGCCACAUAUCAAUCCACCAGUCUAGGCAGCUUCAGGUUGUAGGGUUUACAGGUAAAUGUUCCUGUACUAUGUACUUCUUACCCAGAAAAUAUAAGAUGGUAACAAUACAAAUUAUUAUCAUCAAAGGUCGAAUUGGUGUUAGUAAAUCAGUUGUACAACAUUAAAACCAUUUGUAAUGAUGCUAUAACAUGCAGAUAUCGCUACUAUACACACUUUCCCAAGCAGCCAUGUCUCUACGCUGUUAUGUCUGAAGUAUCCACUGGUGCAGAGAAUAUUGAGGUAAUGGAGUCAUUAGUCAAACAGAAACCCUCAACAUUCAUUAAUUAUUUGCACUAAUGAGUUUAACACAAACUAAUAGCUUGUAAAAUGCCUCAACUAAUGCACUAAUAGUGUUAUCAGAGAUAAGAGUCUGUCGCAGUCACAUUAUUGUAGCAUUGAUUAGUUAUAUUGGUGACAGUUGCUAUGGAAUUAUAAAUUGUCCAAAACCGUGUUACAAUUCCCAAUUAUUUAACAUCAGAGUUAGCUGCUCUUUCAGUUAUUUAAGAUACAGCACAUGUUUGAAUGUUUUCUAAUGAUAUUAUUUUUCUAGUAAUAUCAUUGCUGUUUUAUUAUGCGUGUGUGCUUAAAUGAUUUUAAGUUACUGAUUUUUUUUUAGGAUUACUGUGAUAUUUUCUCUUGUAAAUUUGUUUCUUUCUAAAUGUCAGUUUCUCUCACAUUCUAUAUCAAGUGUACUUCAUUAUAAAUUGUUUCCUUUAACACUGUUAAAGUUCUGUCACUGACAAGAGUAUCAACAUGAGUGUCUGCUAUUAAUUGAUUUACAUGAAUGCAUUCCUUUCUAGAUCUGUUGAUGUUCCUGAAAGCCAUAAAAAUCUGCUUCCCAAAUGUCUGUGUGACCAUCUUAUCAGGAGCUGUUUUUCAAGUCUUUCAGUUGCCCUAACAUGUAAAGCUGCAGUGCAGUCACAUAUUUUAUGGUUGACUUUAGCCUUCAACAGAUUUGAUGCUGUUAGGGUAGGUUUUACCAAAUUGAAUCAGAAUUUGAGUCAGUCAGAUAACAUUGAAAUAAUCUCGCCCUUUACAUGUUUACAUAACCACUAGGUGGCGCCAUAAUUUAUCAAAAUAUGUGAGGAUAUCGGGGAUUGUUUUUACUGCCGUGGUCACGGGUAGGGCUAUUAAUAACUAUAAUUUUAUUCUGUAUUUAUCGGAGUAUUCAACAUUAAAAUAUUCAAACAUAAAAUAACAUGUGGGUAAAAAUAAAGACAACACAAUCAUGUUGAAAACACACAUCAGUUAUAAACCAGAGCUGUAGAAGGACAAAUCUAUAGUCCAUUAGAACCACUAAAAUUACAGAAACAUUUUUCCACUCCACUGUAGACCGCUUGUAUAUUGAAAUCAAUGUAUGGGCACUCUACCCAUAACCCUCUGCAGUGUAUUGACCAACAAAGCACCAAUCUCAGCAUUGUUUGAUGAUGAUAGUUUUUUGUUCUUUGUUAACAUCCUUGAUGGUAGCCUAUAAGUGGAUGGGUGUCCACACUUCUGCCUGGAAGUUAGAUAUCAGCAGGCUACUUAAAAGUUAAUAAGGAAAAGUUAAAACUCUUAUCAACAAAUGCAAACCAACUACAGAACUGUGUAUCUCUGUUUCAC